UUGAGAAUGUGACUCCUUUCUUCGCUAAGGAUUUCAGGUAGAGCAGCUAUGUGUGAGUGGCCUAUAGAGGGGGCGUCUGUCAUGUCGUGUAGGGAAUGGAUGCUUGAAGAAAGUCUUAAUGCACAAUUACAUUGGUGGGAUCGAUCCUUAGGCGGGUCACCAGCCUCUAUUGGAAUAGAUGGGAUCCUCAGACAUGAUGUGAGUGCGUGUUGGCCAUGGCUGCGAUAGGUAUCGGAGCCCCAACUAACAUGACUAUCAUCUGCCCGGAACAUCAUGUACCCCUAAUUGCGCAUACGUGAAUGCCUCCACAGUCGUCUCGCUCGCCAUCGUAGUGGUUG